AAAUUGGAUGCAGAAAAUUUUGGAAUACUGGCCACCAGAUUGAUCACUCGGAGUAAAUUGGAGGAAGCUAAGAAACUGGUUAAAGAGAUGAGUGAAAGGAGAUUGGUAAUGGGUCCGAGAUUGAAAGAUUUCUAUGAAUUGAUCUUUCUGGAAUGGACAAUUUUCGAAGAACAAUGUGGCUACAAACAUAUUGUCAAUAGUUUAUAAAAAGGUACCUCAAGGGAAUGCUAAAAGCAUACAAUGGUGAAAAAAGUUUUGCUCUUGGCAAACAUUGAAGUGAGAGGAUACAUGAGAAGAUCUGAGAACUUGAAGCAGCAGCAAAUAAUGGAGUUGGAAAAGGGAAAUAUCUACUUAAAGGAUGUUGAAGAAGGUCUAUCAGAGCUUGAAAGAUUGAAACUUUUGUCUGCAAACCCUGGUCUUGUCGCAAUGAUGUUGAACCAGCCUGACUUGUAUCUUUCAAUGAGAAUAUGAUCAAUUUAUCAUAUGUGAAGGUAAAGCAUCACUGUCCUUCAACAUUACCGGAAAUGUGACAAGGUUUGCAACAACAACAUACCAGUGUGAUUCCACAAGUGGCGUCCAGGGAGGUGGGGCAGUCCUGUGAUCCCACAAGUGUGACAAGGUUCCCCCUUAAAUUUAUCUCCUUUUAGUGUUUCUUAUUACUGUAUAGGCCCUUUUAAGUUUGCAGUUAUUAAAUGCUAGAUAUUUGUUUUUGGCUGCAUAUAGUUCGUUAUGGCUUUGCUAAGAGAUUGUCAUACAUCCUAGGAUAUUUUUCUCCACGUUUUUUCAUUUGGCGUCAGUGUGUAAAUUACUGGAGCUUAAAUUUAGGAAAGCAUAAACGGCCGCAAUUCUAUGGCCUUAUCACACUAUAAUUUCCAUUCAUUUGCCAAAUUUUUGCACAGCAACAUCUAUUGGUUGUUUAGUAUUUACUUUUGAAAGUCCAGAAACAGUAUUUAUCACACUAUAAUUUCCAUUCAAUAUUGGUUUUUGGCUGCAUAUAGUUCGUUAUCGCUUUGCUAAAAGAUUGUCAUACAUCUCAGGAUAUUUUGCUCCACAUUUUUCCAUUUGGCGUUAGUGUUUAAAUUACUGGAGCUUAAAUUUAGGGAAGCAUAAACGGCUGCAAUUCUAUGGCUUUAUCACACAUUUCCAUUCAUUUGCCAAAUUUUUGCACAACAACUUCUAUUGGUUGUUUAGUAUUUACUUUUGAAAGUCCAGAAACAGUAAAUCAAACAAUUUGGCUGACUAAACUCUAUGGUUUUCCAUUCUUUGUUGUCAAUUCAACGGAUACCUGAUUUAUACAGGGUUGAGUUGGCUGAGCCUUUAGUUUAAUUUUUUUACUCCAUGAGUGCACUUACAAGGUGGGUAAUGAAAGCUGAGCAGAUAUCAAUUAAGGCUGGAACCUUGACAGUCUUAAAUUCUUCUUUGUGUUAGAUGCUUCUUGAGAUGUCAAAGUUGUUCAUACUUGUAAGUCUCAAUUUUGGUGUUGUACUUGGAAGAAAAACUGAGGAUUGCCAUCAAAGUUGAUGCUAGGAAUACGUGAUUUGGAUUGAUCAGUUCUAUUCUAACCAGCUUGUUGGCAAAUACUUCAUACACAUGAUCUUAGAGGUAUUAUCUUAGAAGUUGCCUUUGGGCUUUCAUGUGAACAGAAAUGGUUAAAUUUAUCCUCUAAAUUCUGCUUCUACCAUUCAGUUCAAAUUUAUUAAGAGUCGCUGUUCCUGUAACAACCUACUUUACUUCUUACAGUCUUACAUUCAAAUUUAUUAAGAGUCGUGGUUCCUGUGACAACCUACUUUACUUCUUACGGUCUUACCUCAGUUUACUGUUGGGAAUGACACGCCAACUUAUUAGUAUAUGCUGGACCAGUAGUUGUUUGAUAUGAGAAAUUCUUUUACAGUCUUUGGAGUUUGCUAGAGCCACACUGGAUAAGCAAAGUGGAGGUUUGAUUGGGUUGUGGCUUAAUUUCCAGUCCCUUUAUUGGGUAUCUAGUUGUGUAUACUGGAAAAUAAUAUGGAUUUCUUAACUUCUGGCACAAAUUGGACUUAUCCAAAUCUUCCAAAGACAUGAAGUCCAUUUUUGCAGUGUUUGGUGGAUUAUAUGGAGAAAAAGAAAUGCCUAUGUUUUUUUUGACGAGAAGGAUGUUAGAGUGGGCUAGAGUCACACAUUGGUUGGGGAAUGAAAUGGUGGUCUUCUUAUAUGGAGUUAGACAAUCCUCACUUCAUGAGCUAGCUUUUAGGGUUGAGUUAGGUCCAUGUAUCAUAUCCUCGUUUGGGCUCCCGAUACACUAAUCUGAUGCACGAGAUAAAUUAAUUUGAUGCGCGAGAUACACUAAUUUGAUACGCGAGAUACACUAAUCUAAUGCGCGAGUUACAUUUUAUACAUGAUACACUAAUGUGAUGCGCGUGAUACUUUAAUUUGAUGCACGAGAUACAUAAAUGUGAUAUGCGAAAAUGAGAAAUUUUAGAAAUUUGUAAAAAUUAUAGGAGAUAAUGAUAAUAAGUAAACUAAAAGGUGAGAUUUCCGUAAUUAAUCCAAAAAACUAUGAGUAAGUAAAUACAAAUGUUAAGUAGCAAAUUUUCCUUUUCUCGCACAGUGUACAGUGAAUGGGCUUCGGCUUACGGCCUUCCUUAAGUAGCCCAAAUAUAACGCACUCAAAAUCGAACAUUAUUGGGUUCUACAACCCGAAUCCCCUUCCCACAUCAUCGAUAAUUCUCCAUUGAUCAAAAACCCUAGAAAUGCUAGCACUUCGCAAGCUCUCGACCCUAAAAUCAUCAAGAUUUCUCUCUUCUCUCGCUAUUCAAAACCCUAUCUGCAGUUCCUUAACCAUCCUAGACGUUCCCAGUUGCACCAACUACGAUGAACGCAUCAACAAAGCUGGCCGUGAAGGAGAUUUCACCACUGUCCACCAACUUCUUAACAAGCGCGCGCGCGAUGGCUUCUUCAAUACCAACAAUACGUUCAAGUUCAUUUCCACCACUAAUGUGUCCAUACUCGAUGAUCUAUUGGAAAUUAUAGCUCGGUUAGAUAAUGGUUUCCCGAGAAAGAGCUCCUACGACUGUCUCAUUGCACGUCUCUCGAAGAUGCACUGCAUUUCGGAGGCUAUGCGUGUUGCCAAAGCUAUGGUGAGCAAAGGUCACGAAGUGAACAAUGUCACAUUUCAUCCCAUAGUUAAUGCUCUGACGAAGAAGGAGGAAUUCGAAGAAGCCUGGCGAGUGGUGGCGGUGAUGAAAUCCUGCGGAAUUUCUCCUGAUUUGACGACGUAUAAUUUUCUGCUGACAGGUUAUUGUUUUGCCGGAGAUGUGGCAUCAGCUGCUGGUGUUCUAGCAAAGAUAGAGGAGGAGGAGCUGGGGGCGGAUACGAGGACUUACGACGCCCUGGUUUUAGGCGCCUGUAGAGCGGGGAAACUGGAUGCUGCUUUGGCAGUGGUGAGGAGGAUGCUAGAUGACGGAGUUCCGCCAUUGUAUUGCACACACGCCCAUAUUAUCCGAGCAUUUUUGAAGUAUAAUUAUUAUGAACAGGCGGUAGAGUUUGUUAGGAGCUAUGCAGGAAGAGACGCUAAAUUGGAUGCAGAAAAUUUUGGAAUACUGGCCACCAGAUUGAUCACUCGGAGUAAAUUGGAGGAAGCUAAGAAACUGGUUAAAGAGAUGAGUGAAAGGAGAUUGGUAAUGGGUCCGAGAUUGAAAGAUUUCUAUGAAUUGUACGUUAGAUCUGAUGGUUUGAGAUAAUUAUUGAGCAUGAAUGCAGCAUUUUUGAAAUGAUCUUUCUGGAAUGGACAAUUUUCGAAGAACAAUGUGGCUACAAACAUAUUGUCAAUAGUUUAUAAAAAGGUACCUCAAGGGAAUGCUAAAAGCAUACAAUGGUGAAAAAAGUUUUGCUCUUGGCAAACAUUGAAGUGAGGGGAUACAUGAGAAGAUCUGAGAACUUGAAGCAGCAGCAAAUAAUGGAGUUGGAAAAGGGAAAUAUCUACUUAAAGGAUGUUGAAGAAGGUCUAUCAGAGCUUGAAAGAUUAAAACUUUUGUCUGCAAACCCUGGUCUUGUCGGUAAAGCCAACUUACUUGCUCAAGGUGUUUACACCUAACCAAUUAUGCAUGACAUGUAUUUUACCAUAUACAAUUAUCACUUAAUUGGUUGGUAGUUAAUGUAUAUAUUUACUUCAUUAAAUCACUUGACCUUGGUAGGUUUAAUUGGUUAGGUGUAAACACCAUGUAAGGGUAAAUAUUUACCCUAAACUCCCAGCUUUCAUGUCCUCACAAGUUAGUUAUAUCCAUUUUAUGUUGCAGCAAUGAUGUUGAACCAGCCUGACUUGUAUCUUUCAAUGAGAACAUGAUCAAUUUAUCAUAUGUGAAGGUAAAGCAUCACUUUCCUUCAACGUUACCGGAAGUGUGACAAGGUUUGCAACAACAACAUACCAGUGUGAUUCCACAAGUGGGGUCCAGGGAGGUGGGGCAGUCCUGUGAUCCCACAAGUGUGACAAGGUUCCCCCUUAAAUUUAUCUCCUUUUAGUGUUUCUUAUUACUGUAUAGGCCCUUUUAAGUUUGCAGUUAUUAAAUGCUAGAUAUUUGUUUUUGGCUGCAUAUAGUUCGUUAUGGCUUUGCUAAAAGAUUGUCAUACAUCCUAGGAUAUUUUUCUCCACGUUUUUCCAUUUGGCGUCAGUGUGUAAAUUACUGGAGCUUAAAUUUAGGAAAGCAUAAACAGCCGCAAUUCUAUGGCUUUAUCACACUAUAAUUUCCAUUCAUUUGCUAAAUUUUUGCACAGCAACGCCUAUUGGUUGUUUAGUAUUUACUUUUGAAAGUCCAGAAACAGUAUUUAUCACACUAUAAUUUCCUUUCAAUAUUGGUUUUUGGCCGCAUAUAGUUCGUUAUCGCUAUGCUAAAAGAUUGUCAUACAUCUCAGGAUAUUCUGCUCCACAUUUUUCCAUUUGGCGUUUAGUGUUUAAAUUACUGGAGCUUAAAUUUAGGGAAGCAUAAACGGCUGCAAGUCUAUGGCUUUAUCACACUAUUAUUUCCAUUCAUUUGCCAAAUUUUUGCACAACAACUUCUAUUGGAUGUUUAGUAUUUACUUUUGAAAGUCCAGAAACAGUAAAUCAAACAAUUUGGCUGACUAAACUCUAUGGUGUUUUUAUUCUUUGUUGUCAAUUCAACGUGAUACCUGAUUUCUACAGGGUUGAGUUGGCUGAGCGUUAGUUUAAUUUUUUUACUCCAUGAGUGCACUUACAAGGUGGGUAAUGAAAGCUGAGCAAAUAUCAAUUAAGGCUGGAACCUUGACAGUCUUAAAUUCUUCUUUGUGUUAGAUGCUUCUUGAGAUGUUAAAGUUGUUCAUACUUGUAAGUCUCAAUUUUGGUGUUGUACUUGGAAGAAAAACUGAGGAUUGCCAUCAAAGUUGAUGCUAGGAAUACGUGAUUUGGAUUGAUCAGUUCUAUUCUAACCAGCUUGUUGGCAAAGACUGCAUACACAUGAUCUUAGAGGUAUUAUCUUAGAAGUUGCCUUUGGGCUUUUAUGUGAACAGAAAUGGUUAAAUUUAUCCUCUAAAUUCUGCUUCUACCAUUCAGUUCAAAUUUAUUUAGAGUCGCUGUUCCUGUAACGACCUACUUUACUUCUUACAGUCUUACAUUCAAAUUUAUUAAGAGUCGUAGUUCCUGUGACAACCUACUUUACUUCUUACGGUCUUACCUCUGUUUACUGUUGGGAAUGACACGUCAACUUAUUAGUAUAUGCUGGAACCAGUAGUUCUUUGAUACGAGAAAUUAUUUUACUGUCUUUGAAUUUUGCUAGAGCCACACUGGUAUAAGCAAAGUGGAGGUUUGAUUGGGUUGUGGCUUAAUUUACAGUCCCUUUAUUGGGUAUCUAGUUGUGUAUACUGGAAAAUAAUAUGGAUUUCUUAACUUCUCGCACAAAUUGGACUUAUCCAAAUCUUCCAAAGACAUGAAGUCCAUUUUUGCGGUGUUUGGUGGAUUAUAUGGAGAAAAAGAAAUGCCUAUGUUUUUUAUGACGAGAAGGAUGUUAGAGUGGGCUAGAGUCACACAUUGGUUGGGGAAUGAAAUGGUGGUCUUCUUAUAUGGAGUUAGACAAUCCUCACUUCAUGAGCUAGCUUUUAGGGUUGAGUUAGGUCCAUGUAUCAUAUCCUCGUUUGGGCUCCCGAUCCAUGCUCUAGUUGGGCGUAGGCGUGAAAGGGGUGUUAGAGUGUAUUAGUGUCCUACAUUAGUUAAAGAAUGGAUUGAUGGUCUACUUGUACGGACUUGGACAAUCCUUUUCCCAUGAGCUAAUUUUUGGGGUUGAGUCAGACUACAAGUGUCAUAUUUUUAUAAAGGAUAAUGUCAAUUAUCCCAAUCACCUGGAUGUUAUUGCUGGACUCUUUUUGCUCUCUACACAUUGUGAAGUUUAUUUUGGAUGCAAUUCUGCUACAGCAUUCCCUUAAGGUUGGUAGCUUUCUCACAGCAAUAAUGUUGCUUUAUUAUUUGUCAGGAAAUAACCAAUAUCCAGUUCCUUGUAUGGUUUAAUAUUCCGAAAACUACUAUACGUGGUUCUUCCUAAAGAAAAAAGUUAGUAUAUGUGGUUGGUUUGUAUAACAACUGGUAUGAGGCAUGUGUUUUUAUCAGAACUUGUAGGGAGUGAAGCUACUACCAAACCAACAACGAGAUCAGUGUGCAGUGUCUGAGUGCUUUAUUUAUUAGUAAAAUAAAUAUUAAUCACUUAAAAGAAAAACGAUUAUUGUUCAUGCAUAUGAGUUUCCCAUUAAUUCAUUAGUGUCAUCCCGGUAAAACAUAGUUUUUAUUUGCAUUCAAAGAAGCCACAGAACCAGAGCUGUGGUCUCCAUUUUUGUAGUAGUGAUUUAGUCAGAAUAACUAGUUGCUCGAGUUAGUAAAUAUAGAAUUGUGUCAUCUUUAGUAUCAUUUUGUGCAUAUCAAUUUCCAGGUUACUGUACAUAUGAGAUUAUGUGUUUGUACCUGAAAAAGCGCAGCCGUACUUUGUACCACUUUUUGAGCAUAGGAUUCUACUUCUUUCCUUGUCUCUUGCUUGCACAUGGGACAUAGUAUGAAGUAUUUCUCUAUGUUCCGUUUUUAAACUUCCACUUGUUUUUGGAUUGGUGGUAAGAUCUUCACCUUUUCCUGUUUAUACCUAAUGAUUAGCAGUUGGAUAAGCAAACAAUUAUCAGUGAUAUUGUUAAUGUUGCCAUAUAACAAUUUUAAGUUUGUUUUCGUAAAAAGCUGUAGUUAUUGGCAGCAGAUAAUCAAUGAAGUUCACUUAGUUGCUUAUAAAUUGUUGCGUGAUAACUUGUCAUUGUGUAAGGUUAAAAGAAAAGAAGUUAUUUCGAGGGUGAAAAUUCACCUUGAGGCUCAUCUCUGAUGGGUGAUUAAUGCCUGUACUUGUACUUCUCCUCUUUGCUCCAUCAAACAGGUCAUUGCAUACUGGCAAGGAAUUGACAGUAUUGUUUUUAUCUUUGAAGAAAAGAACUGACGCCAUAUUUUGCCUCUUUCUUGUUGUAUCGUUGCUGCGGCUGAGUACUGAAGCUUGGCAGGAUUCUAUUACAUGGUGGGCAUAUUACUGGAUAAAUUGAAACUAACUAGCUGUGAUGGAGUUUCAGGCACGCCAUGAAAGAACUCUGUUAUCGUUAUACCAGCAGCUAACUGGUAUACUUCUCAGUAGCUGCUACUUCUGUGGAGCUUCAGUUAUCAAAUAUCUAAGAAAUACUUCAUAGUUUUUUCUGUUAUUGCAGUAUUUUAAGUGCUACUAGAUUAUCAUCAUAACGUAGUCUGUAUACUGAAUUUGUAUAAAUCAACAUUGAUGUAUAAUCAGACUUCACAAGUUUGUUGAUUGUGACUGAUCGCACUGACUUAGUUCUGUGUAGAGAGCUUCUGUAUCCAUUAUCUCUGUACUAUAGCUCAGAAUAUAUCUUUGUGAUUUUGUGGA